AUGGGUAUUGGAUCAACGAAAAUCAUAUCAUAUGAUGAAGCUUCUAAACGAUUUUUGCCAGCGGAUUUAGAUCGAAUUGAAACUACAUUUCGAGAUUUAACCAAUGCAACGGGUGAAUUAAGCUAUACAAGUUUUAAACGAGAUGUUUUUGCACAUUUUCUACCUGAAAAAUUAGCAGCUCGUUUGUAUCAAGUUUGUACGAGUUCAUCCAAAUCAUGUAUGUCGCAGAAAGAUCUUGUCUGUUGUUUGGCAUUAAUUUAUUAUGGAAGUACAAAAGAACGAAUGCAACUUUUGUACUUAUUAUUUGCACACAAUACAUCGAAUAAUAAUGGCACAUUACGUUGGCAAGAUGUGGAAGAUUUCCUUUCUCAAUGCGGAGAUCAUCCACCUGAAGAAUUAGAUAAAAUCUUCCAAAACCAUGAUGAAAUCGUUACACAAGAUAAGUUCCUUUCCUGGUUAGAAUAUCACCAUGGACAUACGACCAUGAUAACCGAUUGGUUAAUGGAUGAUCAACGGCUACAUGAGCUAGUCUUAUCACCAAUUGAUCGAACGCUGGAUCAGUAUUCUAUCUUAGCUGGUGUAACGAAUUUGUUUGAAAGUGAAAUCAAGGAUUUGGAAAAGAAUUAUCAGCAUUUGUGCGCAUAUCCAAAUCAGAAUCGACAAAAUCAAAUAACUUUACAAACAUUUUCAAACAUUUUAACACCUGUUCUUCCUCCCAUGUUAAUUCCAGGUUUUUUCGAUGCUUUCGAUGAGAAUUGUGAUGGUUGUAUUGACUUCAAAGAAUUUGUCUGCGGAAUUAGCGCUGCAUGUCGUGGACCUCCAAAAGAAGUAUAUACCUUUCUCUUCCGGGUGUUCGAUCGUGAUCAUGAUGGUCGUUUAGAACGCUCUGAUAUCAUUCACAUGUGCUCUUGUCUUAUUGAUGUCGCUCAAUUUGUUUAUGUACUUAGCAUACAUAUGAAUGAUUCACCUGAUCUCUAUGCAGACAAUAUUCUACGAAAAAACGAGAAUAAUAAUCAAUCGUCUCAAAUGAAAUUUUUCAAUCAACAAGACUUUCUAACUUGGUGUUCAACAGAUCCAUUAAUCGAAGAAUUAAUCGGAUUAAUCUUUCAAGUAUGCCAUGUAGUGCUUGGUUUAAAACCAUCAACAAAACAAGAAGAAAUAACUAUUGUGAAACAAUUUCUUCGACGAGAACAGUAUCCAUUUGUUGAAGCUCAAUCAGGUGUCUCAUCGAAAGUUUAUCAUUGGAUUAAUUGUAAUCGAUCGACAUCUAAACCAGGUUCAUCAUGGUAUCUUAUCCCGAAAGAGUGGUGGACACGUUGGGAAUCAUCAGCAAAUACGAAUUCAACAGAAAUCGCGACAACAAAUCUACAUAAAAAGAAUUCUUCCAGUAAACUAAAUAAAUUAUCAAAUGGAAUAGAUCACAAACGAGAACCUGGUGAUAUUGAUAAUUCCAUAUUGAUUGAAAAGAUCUCUUCGAAUAAUACUCGUAUAGCGAAUGAUGAUUGUGUACAACUUCGUCCUGGACUUCGACAUAAUGUACAUUUCGAAAUGGUGCCUGAAUCAAUCUGGUCAUUUUUACGGAAAUACUAUCGUUUAAGUGGACCGGCGAUAUGCCGAAAAGUAACUUAUCGGAAGAAACUCAACAAACCUGAACUUGAUCUCUAUCCGUUGCUGAUCAAAAUCUAUCGAAAUCAAGUUCUAACACCACAACAAAUGCAAGCCAUAGCAACAAAUAAUCAAGCAAAUAAUUCCUCAUCAACCUAUGCAGUCUAUCCACUUCUUAAUUUAGUUUCGGCAAAUCUUUUUGGUACAAGCACCCCGUCAAAUUCGGUGCCGAAUAACAUUCAGAGACAUUAUUUGAGCUGUUCGUAUUACGUUAGUCCAUAUCAAACAGUACGAUCACUGGUGGAAGAGUUGUCCACAAAAUUUGGCAAAUCAGUAGACGAAAUCAGAAUUUGGCUGAGACAUAAUGAAAACGAGCUUCAAUCAGUCGAUUUCGAAUCAAACAGUGAUCUAACGUGUGAAGAUGCUGCGUUCGAGCAGCAUACGGAGAUGUUACUAGAAACACGUAACAACGAUUUGACUUGGCCUGAGGAAUUGUAUACAUUAGCCAUACGUUCAAAAACGAACACUUCUUCUUCUUCAUCAUCAACAGCAUCAUACAACAAUUCAUCAGGGAAUGUUGAUGAAGAAGAACGUGGCUUGAUUGGCCUAUCCAAUCUCGGCAACACUUGCUUUCUCAAUGCUGCUGUUCAAUGUUUGAGCCAUUCAUUUCCUUUGACGUUCUACUUUUUACAUAAAUAUCAUCUAUUUGAAAUCAACAAAGACAAUCCGAUUGGAAUGCAAGGUAAUAUAGCACUGCGUUACGGUCAAUUAGUUGCAAGAUUAUGGGGCAAUGUUCGUGGACCGUUAGCACCGUUUGAACUGCGAGAUUCAGUGGCCAAAUUUGGUUCAUCACGUUUUACAGAUUUUCAACAGCAUGACUCUCAGGAAUUCCUUUCCUUCCUAAUUGAUGGUUUACACGAAGAUCUCAAUCGUGUUCAUCACAAACCUUAUGUUGAACUUAAAGAUAGCGAUGAUCGUCCAGAUCAAGAUGUUGCGUAUGAACAUUGGGCAAACCAUUUAGCAAGAAAUACAUCGAUCAUUGUUGACUUAUUCCAUGGUUUACUUCGUUCACAAGUCAAAUGUCGCGUUUGUGAUUUGAAAAGCGUACGAUUCGAUCCAUUCAAUAUUCUAUCCUUGCCGUUACCUGUGGAUACAACAAUCAAUAUCGAAACGAAAUUAUUUCGUCUUGAUGGUUCCCGUCCAACUCGCUACGGUAUUAGGCUCGAUGGCGAUUGCCCAGUUAGUCAACUAAAAAUGCAAUUGUCCAAUCUAUCAUCGUUAUCCAUCGAACAGAUCGGAUUCUUCGAAUGUAAUUCUUCUUAUCUCCGUCGAAAUCCAUUCAUGGACAAUGAUCAAACAAAAGUCAAACAAUUGUCUUUUCGAGACUUGAUCGCUUAUGAACUCCCAUUGAAUAAAUCCUGUGAUACUUCCAGUGAAAAGCCGCUUCCGCCGAGUUGUUCGUCAUCGUACAUCGUUGCCGUGCAUCGACGACUAGAACGACAAGAACGAUACUUGUCACCCAUGACACGUCAUAAAAUUAUCUUUUUCGGCCAACCUAUUCUGAUUCCAUACGAUAAAACUUCGAUUUCGCAGAAGAAAAUAACAAAUGCUAAUGUUUAUCAAAUGGUAUUCAAACAAUUAGAACGUCUACUAAGAAAGAAGAAAGAUCUAGCAAAUCUCGCUAAUCAUGCAUUCGAUUGUGAUCAGUUGUUAAAAGCAAGUUACCCAUUUACAUUAAAAUUCGUUAAUGACGACGGGAAAAAAUGUUCGACAUGCUCAUGGAAUCGUUUCUGUCUUGGCUGCCCAUUCGAAUCAAAUGAUCAAGAAUUCAACUACAGUGAUGGUAAUCUUGCUAUCGAAUGGGAAUCAUCAGCUUAUUAUCUUUGUUAUCUAUCAAAUCGAGAACAAGACGUUGAAAUUUAUCCGAGUGUCACACAGAUUCGCUCGGCAACUAACAGUUUCAUCGCUGAUGAUCCUACCUCGACAGUCCGAUUAGAAGAUUGUCUUGAAUCGUUUAUCAAAUGGGAAAAUCUUGAGAACAAAGAAAUGUUCAACUGUAAACGAUGCAAGAAACUACAACCAGCAGAUAAAAAACUCGACAUUUGGAAAUUACCGCCAUGUCUUAUAUUCCAUAUAAAGCGUUUUCAACUAUCUAAUAAUCGUUGGAUAAAAUCCUCUCGUCCAGUUCAUUUUCCGAUUCAUUCAUUUUAUCCAUCCAAAUAUCUUGCACAACGAUCGUCCGUGCCCACACCGAUGCAGUUUCGUCCAGCCAACGACAAUCUUAGCUCAUCUUCGUCUUCACUAUCAUCAACAACAGGUCCCGAAGCUGUUUCGUCUUCAUCCAUAGACAACAUGCUUAUCGUAUCUUCAACUCGUUUGACCAAUGGCACUGAUCAUCAUUCCAAAUCUACAUACGAGCCAAUUAUUGGCUUACCGCCACCCGAACAUAUCGAAGAGCCUGUAAAAAAGAAGAAUAAGAAGCCCUUUCAUCGCCGUCGUAAAAAGAUCGAAGUGGAGACUGUUGAAAACACCCUAAAUCCACCACGAUUCAGUCAAAUGGAAGAACGAACACUGAGUUUUGGUGAUAACAGUUUCGAUGCUGAUAAUUCUUCGUACCAUCUCUACGCUCUUGUGUGUCACUAUGGAGUCAUUGGUGGUGGCCACUAUGUUGCAUUUGUUAAAAAUCACACGAAUCAACAAUGGUACUGUUUCAAUGAUAGUUCGUGCAAGCCGGUUUCUGAGAGCAUACUGGAACAAUGCUUCUCGUCAGCUUAUUUAUUAUUCUAUCAGCGUGAAACACUUGACCAUCGUCGAUAUAUGCCUAAUGUUGAAGGUAAAAAACAAGUAGCCAAUGAACUUCCAUUGACAAACGAUGAUCGUUGGUGUUCCAUAAUGUGA